AUGCGGUUCAUAAUCCUCUCAGCAAUUGCGGCUUUGGCUGCAGUAACGCCCACUGCAGCUUUUGACAUUGACCAGUGGGAUGUCCUCGCUGGAAAGGCUCUCGUCAACCAGGUCCUCUAUCACUACUCCAACCCGGACGCCAGCAAGACAUGCACUCCGCUUACCGCUACGGUGCGCAGAGAAUGGGGGUCUCUAUCGAGAUUCGAACGCAAAGAGUACAUUGAUGCUGUGCUCUGCCUCGCUUCCAAGCCCUCGAAAUUAGCUCAGCUGGAUCCCGCAUUUGCUCCUGGCGCGCGGAAUCGCUACGAUGACUUUGUCGCUGUCCACAUCAACCAGACAUGGUUUAUCCACGGCACUGGCAACUUUCUGACAUGGCACCGUUACUUUACCUGGGCCUACGAGCAAGCCCUGCGCAAUGAAUGCGGUUACACCGGCUACCAGCCAUACUGGGCCUGGAACAAAUACGCUGAUGACCCGCUCAGCUCUCCGAUCUUCGACGGCUCUGCCUACAGUAUGUCCGGAGACGGCUCAUACGUCCCGCACAAUGGUACCGAGGCUGCUCCCGGUAUCGUUCUGACUCCAGGAAAUGGAGGUGGCUGUGUCUUCUCCGGCCCAUUCACGAACUGGACCGUCAACCUCGGCCCCGUCUUUCCCAGUCUCAAGGUCCCCGGAAUCGUCGCUCAGAACGGCUCCGGACUGAACUACAACCCCCGCUGUCUCCGUCGUGAUAUCUCCAAGGAAGCAGCGCAAUGGACGACAACCGAGCAGGUGGUCGAUCUGAUCGUCAACGAGACCAACAUCUGGGACUAUGAGACUACCAUGCAGGGCGAUUUCCCCAAGGGCUUUCUGGGUGUCCACAGCGGUGGCCACUAUACCAUUGGCGGUGAUCCUGGUGGUGACUUCUUCGCUUCCCCGGGUGACCCUGCUUUCUUCCUCCACCACGCCGCCAUCGACCGUGCCUUCUGGACGUGGCAGAAUCAGGACCCCGCGAAGCGGACUUACGUGGUGCAGGGACCGACUGUUCUUGCUGGUCUGGUGGAGAACCCGCCCAACGCUACCCUCAAUGAUAUCGUCGAUAUGAGCAGUGCGCUGGCUCCACCAAAGACUAUCCGGCAGCUGUUGGAUACGACUGGUGGGCCCUUCUGCUAUGUUUAUCUCUGA